GUCCCGGGCCUGGGGGCGGCGCUGGCCCUGCUGGUAUUGCUACUGCCCGCCGGCUGCCCGGUGCGCGCGCAGAACGACACCGAGCCCAUCGUGCUAGAGGGCAAGUGCCUGGUGGUGUGCGACUCGAGUCCAUCGGCCGAUGGCGCCGUCACCUCCUCAUUGGGCAUCUCCGUGCGCUCGGGCAGCGCCAAGGUGGCCUUCUCCGCCACGCGCAGCACCAACCACGAACCCUCUGAGAUGAGCAACCGCACCAUGACCAUCUAUUUCGACCAGGUCUUAGUAAACAUUGGCAACCAUUUUGAUCUUGCCUCCAGCAUAUUUGUAGCACCAAGAAAAGGAAUCUAUAGUUUCAGCUUCCAUGUGGUGAAAGUCUAUAACAGACAGACCAUCCAGGUCAGUUUAAUGCAGAACGGGUACCCAGUGAUCUCAGCAUUUGCAGGCGACCAGGAUGUCACCAGAGAGGCAGCCAGCAAUGGUGUCCUGCUCCUCAUGGAAAGGGAAGACAAAGUGCAUCUGAAACUGGAGAGGGGCAAUCUCAUGGGGGGCUGGAAGUAUUCCACCUUCUCCGGCUUCUUGGUCUUUCCUCUAUAA